CUGUGGUGCCAAAAUCGCUUUGCUUUUCGAGAUAGCCAGCAGAGGGAAUCGGAACUUUGCUUGCAGCAGGGGUUGAAGCAGCUUUUUUUUUUUCUUUUUUUUCUUUUUUUUUUUUCUUAGAGGAAAUACUGCAGCCUUCUGGACUGCGUACGCCGCUCCCCGGAGAGGCUCUCUCGGUUCCACCCACUGGCUGGAAGGAGGGGAAGUGAAUGAAAGGACAGGACAAGCCCCGAACACCAUGUCACUCUGGGAGGGAGACAGCAGCAACUAAGCUGUGCACGGUUUUCUUUUUUUUUUCUUUUUUUUCCCCUUUUCUUUUUCUUUCUUUUUUUUCCUUUUUCCUUCCUUUUCUUUCUCUUUCUUUCUUUCUUUUUUUCCUUCUCUUUUUCUUUAAGGUUGGGAAAGACAAACAGGAGAGAAGAAGCUGAUCUGUGAAGAUUUGGAGUUGUGCUAAAAGGACUUUGAUUUUUUCCCCCCUUUACAAACGCUGGCAAUUGACAUCACUACAGACAGCCUGGUUAGAGAACAAACUGCCUCAUCCCAAGUGGACCUGGCAGCUGGGAGAAGCUUGCAAGAUCCGAGGAGGCUGUCUGGCUGGGUUUUUUGGUUGGCUUGUUUGUUUUUUUUUCCUACAGAUCCCACUCUUUACCUUUUUUUCUGGUGUGUGUUUUGUUUUGCUUUGCUUCUUGAAUUCUUGCCGUGUUGGAACUAGCAGUGGUGGAGUCUCUGAAGCCUUACCAGUCACCGGACUGUCAGGAAUAGUGGUUUUGGAGGAAGCUCGGCCUGGGGCUCUAUACCCUGUCAUCCAGUUCCCUGCUCGGAGAUAAAGAUUCCAGCUACAUGGGCAAACGCCUGGACCAGCCACAAAUGUACCCCCAGUACACUUACUACUACCCUCAUUAUCUCCAGACCAAGCAGUCCUAUGCACCAGCUCCCCACCCCAUGGCUCCUCCCAGCCCCAGCACAAACAGCAGCAGCAACAACAGCAGCAGCAACAGCAGCGGGGAACAGUUGAGUAAAACCAACCUGUACAUUCGAGGCCUUCCACCAGGCACUACUGACCAGGACCUAAUCAAGCUGUGCCAACCGUAUGGAAAAAUUGUAUCCACAAAGGCAAUUCUUGACAAAAACACAAAUCAGUGCAAAGGUUAUGGUUUUGUAGAUUUUGACAGUCCUGCAGCUGCACAAAAAGCAGUAGCAUCUCUCAAAGCAAAUGGCGUACAGGCACAGAUGGCCAAGCAACAAGAGCAAGACCCAACAAAUCUAUACAUCUCGAACCUCCCAAUUUCAAUGGAUGAGCAAGAACUGGAGAAUAUGCUCAAACCAUUUGGACACGUCAUUUCCACACGAAUACUAAGGGAUGCGAAUGGGGUCAGCAGAGGCGUCGGCUUUGCUAGAAUGGAGUCUACUGAAAAAUGUGAAGUGGUAAUUCAACAUUUUAAUGGAAAAUAUCUGAAAACACCACCAGGCAUCCCAGCCCCCAGUGAACCAUUACUGUGCAAAUUUGCUGAUGGAGGACAAAAAAAACGGCAAAAUCAAAGCAAAUAUACCCAAAAUGGGAGGCCUUGGCCCAGGGAAGGAGAGGCUGGCAUGGCUCUGACCUAUGACCCCACAGCUGCCAUACAGAAUGGAUUUUAUUCUUCACCGUACAGCAUUGCAACCAACCGCAUGAUCCCACAGACAUCUAUCACGCCAUUCAUUGCUGCUUCCCCUGUCUCCACAUACCAGGUCCAGAGUACUUCAUGGAUGCCUCAUCCGCCAUACGUUAUGCAACCAACAGGUGCUGUGAUUACACCAACAAUGGACCAUCCUAUCUCAAUGCAGCCAACAAACAUGAUGGGUCCCCUGACACAGCAGAUGAACCACCUUUCCUUGGGCACAACAGGAACGAUUCAAUCCCAAGACAGGAUUAUGAUACUCCACCAGCUGUUGUGUCAGUAUAUGACUGCUGCUGCUCCUAUGCAAGGGACCUACAUUCCCCAGUACACGCCUGUGCCUCCAGCAGCUGUAUCUAUUGAAGGUGUUGUUGCCGAUACCUCUCCCCAGUCAGUGGCACCUUCAUCCCAGGACACCAGUGGUCAGCAGCAACAGAUAGCAGUGGACACAUCCAAUGAACAUGCACCUGCAUAUUCUUACCAACAAUCUAAACCAUAAACAGAACAGAAGAAUGUCCCUCUGAAAUUUUGCCUUGAAUGAAGAAACUUCACUGAACAAGAAGUUAGUUGGCUUCCAGUUUGCACAGGCGUCAAUGGAAGGCUUUUUUUUUUAAUUUUAUAUUUUACUCAGUGAAACAAAGUUUUUAUGUGCUGUGCAAAUGGUUCCUUCAUGUGGUCUGACAGUUUAUUUUUGCCACCCUUUUCUUUUUUACUUAAAGGAAAAGAAAUCCCAGAAGAGAGGGGGAGGCAUUAAAGGUUGACAUUAUAUCUGGAAGAGCAUUGGAAUUCAAAAUUUACCUGAAGGUGUAGCUAGAUUUUCUUUCUUUCUUUCUUUCUUUCUUUUUUUUAACAUGGAAAAUCUUAUGUCAAGAAAUGAGCAAACCAAAAUGGAGGCAAAUGGUCUUCCUUGGUAAUUAAGCUACUCUUUCUCUUUUUCCCUUCCUUUUUAAACCUAGUGGGUUUUUUUAAUUUUUAUUUUUUAGAAAUAUUUAGGUAAGGUUUAUCUUGAAUAUUAAUUGCCUUAAUUUUAAGGACGUCAAAGGCUCUCAAGGCAAGCUGUCAACGUCUUGUUAAAAAAAAUUCAAGAAAGAAUUGAAAUAUUGUGCCAGCUUUAACUGGUACAGAAGUUUAAGACUAUGAGUUUUUAGGGUGAAAAAAACUGUACAGUUUAAAAGAAAAUGUUUUUCUUCAUUUGAAGAAAAUUUGUUGAUAAAAGAAACCAUGGCAACUGCAAGAAUUGGGAAAUGCUGGGACUUUUCAUGAACUUUGUCUUAAGUGUUGACACAAAUCAUUCUAGAAGGCUAAAACAUUUUGCAGUAAAGUUAUUAAUGUUGGUUUAAAAACAACUGCAUUAGAAAUAAUGCGUGUUUGGGGGGCAGAAUGCAGAUUUUUUUAUUUACAAAGCGUGAUUGCUAGCAAAAGCGUUAGUGCUUUUUAUCUGCAGUCUUUUUUAUGAGCUUUACAAAGUUUUUAGUCAGCUUUGCUUGUCACAUUGCAAAACUUAGCUUAAGAGCAUUAAAAACAAAACAAAAAAACAUAAGUAGAUAGGAGCUUAUGGUCAAAAAGUGCAAAAAAAAAAAAACAAAAAAAGCAAUAGAUAGAGAAAUUGUUGACAAUUUCUGUAGUCUUUCCUAGUUGUGAUCAAAUUCAGCCUAUGGAUGGCCUAUUUUAUACCAAAGAUGAAGUGACACCCUAUUACAGUACAGAAGAUAGAGGUUUUUUUUUGUUUCUUUUCUUUUCUUUAAAAUUUUAUUUGACCUACAAUGGCCGGACCAGUUCUUUGUUGUUUGUUUAAACUACCUUCCACUGGUGUUUUACAUACCACACACACACACACACACACACACACACAGACACACACACACAAAAUUUUUUUAAUGUAGAUUUGUUGAUAGUAGAAGCUCACAAGGGCUGUGUUCAGCAAUCCCAGCACAAAGAGUUCUGGAUACCAAUUAAUAGAGCCAAGAGGCUUUUAAUUUUGUGAGCUUUUCUGGUUCCUUGCUAGUUCUCUUCAAUAUGAUACCUGUGUUGAUGGCCACCAAUAAGCCAGACAUUUGUUUAAGAGUGGAUUUUUCUUUCUGUGGAUUUUGAACUAAAGAUACUUCCUGAACAUGGCCUGAAAAGUCUCUGAAAUGUCAUUUGUCAGGAAAGCUUAGUGGUAUUGUGUGAAAUGGUGAGUGGUCUCCUACAAAGAUCUCAUGGUAUUUCUAACAACCAUCUUCCUUCUAAAUUCCAACACCACCUGGUUUCUUCUUCCCACCUUGGUCCUGCCAUCAUUCACCAUGAAUGGCCACCUUGACUCUGCAAUCGGGGAGCGGGUAUUUUCUUUUUGUCUCUUUUCAUGGUAUUUUCUUAUCUUGGUCUUGCCAGAAAGAAAGUAAAGAUACUUUUUUUAUUUCAGUUUAAUUUUCUGAGGCAAGAAGUACCAAUAAUAUUGAGGAUUCUCACACUGAAAUUUAGGGAAGCUCUUAAAAUGCUAGUUGACAAUCAAGAAAUUCUAUAAUUUAUUUCAGUAAGUACCAAAAGAACUAGAUUUGAUAAAUCAUUGAAGCCAAAGGAGAUAUUUGUAUAUAGUUAUGCAAAAUUUUAUCUAAAAUUAUUAAAUUGACUUACGUAGAAAACACCUUUACAUUUUGAUUCAUCAAGUCAACAUUCAACCUAUACAGUUUAACCUAAAAUUGAUGAAAAUGAAACAGAAUUGUGUUAAUGGAACUACUCACUAUGAGUACACUGUGGUCAAAUUAUUUGAAUCACAAAAAUGAAACUCUUUUUCACAAACUAAGUAAGUCACAGGAACUUGACUUAGUCCCGACGGAAGAAGUAAAGGUAUUAAGUGCACUAUGAAAGAAAACAGGGUAGGCUUUUAAAAACUAAAAAAUAUAAAAGGUAAAUCAUAUUUUCAUUAGGGCAGUAUGAAUAAGGAGUUUGACUCAAUGAAAUUGCAAAUAACCCACUAUUUAAAUAGAUCCUGGUUCUCUUAUUUGCAAGCCCAUGAAUUGGAAGCUCAAACCCAGAGUGACUGCACAACUUUGUAGUCUAACCACUGGCAAAAUAUAUCAACAAAAUGUGGCAUGUGGUACACAGAAAUUCAGCUGCUCGCACCCAUCCUGAUAGUUUUCUUUAGAAAGAAUCAUAGAUUUAAACAUUUUUCCACUGCAUCCUUCAGCUUCCCGUGUAUUACAGUGGUGAUACUGUCUUUGAAAGUGGGCUCCUCGCAUUACAGGGGUACAAAAAACAUAUAUGGGACCUGUAUUUUCUGUUUCUCUUUUCCACACUCUGAAUUCUUUAUAUAAAUAAAAUUAUCCUGGGCACAAUUCAUUUGAAUAUAAAACGAACAUCCAUUCCUUUGUUUCUGUAACAAAAAAUACCAAAAACAUAUAUUAAUGUGAUACAAAGAAAGUCUCAUUUACAUAAUCAGUAAUGAGGCUAAAAGGUAGCUAACAUGUGGCUGAUGAAUGUGCCUAGGUAAUUUCCUGUUUCUAUUCAAAACUGCCGCUUUAUUUAUACCUUCAGAUACUUUUUUUUUCAACUAUAAAAUUUUAGUAGUCUCAGGAAAUUAUUCUCCCUGUCAUUUUAUGUACCCAUGUGUAUUUUGUGUUCGCAUUGUUUUUAUCAUGCCAUUCUAUAAAACAUAUUAUUUCAAACCAAAAAGAAACAAAAAGAUAAAAAAUGCAUAUGUCCAAGCCCCCCCCCUUUCAUUUUACCUAAGAAUUGUUUUUCAAGAAUCCAGUCUUGGGGAUGGGGGAGGGAAUAUCAAAAGGUAAGCAGCAUUAUGUUGUAUGAAACAUAAAACAAACUAAAGUAUGUGUUCAAAAUACACAGAUUUCAAAUCCAAAUUUGGUCAACGAUGCAUACUGUAUGUUUUUAAUCUUAUUUAGGAUGAUAAUCCCUUUUAGAUUAAGUUAAUUUUCUUUAAAUUCUGAUUUAUCAAACAUUUAUUUAUAUGUUUCAUUUUUUCCUUUUUACUUUAAUUGCCAAGACUUAUCCUGCACAUUCGGAAAAAGACUAACACCACAAUCCAAAUGAGAUAAACACCUUCUCAUGCAAACUCUAGUCAUGUGGUCAGUGGAAGAUCAGAUAUGAAAGGCAAAUCAUUUUAGCAAUAAGAAGGUAUGGACAGGGGAGGUAAAGUAUAUAUUGAAAUUGGAGAUCCAAAUGAAGAGCUAAAUCUUGGAAGGUCAACAAAAUGCAGACUCUGUGAACUAAAGGUAAUAGUGGCACAGGCUGAUGACAAUUUGUCUUUGAAUGCUGAUGUAUCUUGUAUAUAGCAACUGAAACAAUGUUCUAGAGAAACUUUUCUACCUAGCUCAGAGUUGGCCAUGAAUAGUUUGUUUCCUUGGUAAAUUUCAACAAUUCAGUAUAUUGUCUCCUAGCUUUACUUAAAUUAAUUCUUCUUGUAACUUCAGCAGAUUUUCCAUCAUUGAAAGAAUAUGACUCCCUUUCAUAUUUUCUAAUGCCAAAUAACCUGACAUUAAACGUGUGCUCAUGCUCUCGUUAGAGAUGGAAGGCUAAGAGCUGAAGAAGGCUGAAUGGAGUGGGAAAUUCACACUAUUUCACUAUGGCAACAAAAUACAUUGACCCCAUCACAAAACUGCUUUAAAAAUUAUUUUCAGUUCAUGUACAAUCAAAAAACGUGCUGUUUUUUUUUUUUAAAAAAACAUGUAAAUAAUUGGGAUGUUUCUUCUAUAGCUAUGUAACAUUUACAAUAGCCUAAAACCCUCCUUAAUGAAAAGUGGAAUUUGAUUUAAAUAGGACUCUUGCAGUCUUCUCCGUGAUUGAAGUUUCAAUGGGCUGUCUAGACUGAUGAUGUUAAUAGAUUAAAAUACAUUUGACAAUUCAGUUUCACUCCUAAUUUGAGUGUGUGAACCCACUGCUGAUGAGCUGAUAUGCAGAGAGAAAGUCCUAAGUGUUUUAGUGAUAACUGUUUUUAUGUGAUAUUAAAUUGAAUAAAGGGAUAACAUUUAUGUAUAUGUAUAAUAACAUUCAGCACACUUGAGGAAUCACACACUGCAAUACAGUAUGGCAAGUCAUUGAAUCUUGAUCUAUUCUCUUUAACCUGGAUCAGCAGUAAAGGAUGGGAUUUUACUUUUCAUGCUGUUGUGGCUGGCAUGCUUCCCAGUUGUGAGUUCACUGGGACUGACAGCUUCUCACUUUAAUCUGAGGGACUGACAACAUUUAAACAGGCUCAUGGAUUCUAUACCCUACACCUUUUCUGUAGUAGUGUUGUAAUGCGACUUUAAUAACGAAUACAUUUGUUCUACAAAUAAAUAGUAUCCACUAUGGCAUUGGAAGACAGUCGGUUAUGACUCAAGAGUAACAUUUACCAAACAUUUAAAAGAUGACAUUGGUCCCUUAGUCUAAACAUUCUUAGUCUUGGCUGUUUUUUGUGCAUUAUGUUCAGAAAAAUACUAAAGCUCAAUCCUAAAUCCCCAAGUGGCCCCAAAGAUCUUUUACAAAAUGAGGAGUUCUAGAGAAAUGAUUUCUUUUAUGUUUGAUUUUGACCCCAGCAUAUAGAUGCUAUCAUAAAAACAACAACAAUAACAACAAAAGAAAGAUCAAACAAGAUAGGUGAACUCUCAAUAUUCAUCUCUGUGUAUCUCGGGGUGGGAAAAUAAUGCAUCAAGAAAUGUUUCUUCUGCACAGGAAGCUUAUGGAAUUGAACUUAGAUUCUUGGGAAAGAAACACAAGGCCACUGAAUCACAGCUGAGGUUUUCCUAAAACUGUCCCAUUUCUGAGUUUUGCAGUAAUACUAUCACUCUCAAUUUCUGAAGGGCUAAUUUUCUAUUUUGUAUAUCUGUUUUUCUUUUCUUCUCAAGAAUUAGGCCUUAGGCACUGCUCCCGUUCAUUAGUACUUCACCCUGAGGGUGGAGGAAUAAAUAAUUGGAAAUAAAAUUCAAAUUAGUCUAUUAUUUCCUAAGGAUUGAGUUAUUGAAAGAGUUUGAAGUCAUUAAGAACAUUCAUGUCAGUGAAUUAUAGACACCGAAUUUUGAUGAUCCAUAAUAACCUUUUAUCAUACACUGCAAAUAAUUGAGAGUUGGCUGUAUUCUUGCAGAAUAUAAAGGAAAAAAUACUGUGGCCUGGAUUGGGCUUCCCUUAGAAGAAAGUUGUUUUGCUUUCAUUCACUCUACUGAAAGUUAAACCAACUGAAAAAAUAAACACAGUUUCUGUUAUGAGAAUAUAAUAGUAGCUCUCCGUUAAAUGUACACUCGUUCCUUUCAGUUUGAUGAAAAAAAGUGCAUUAUUUUUGUUGUAUUUUGACUGUGUUACUGUAUCGAGGCUGAAUGACUUUGACACUGCAGUGGAAAUUAUUUUAAUCACAUUUUGAAUAAAUUCAAAGUAUAGCAGUGUUAUACUUUGUAUUUAAAUCCUCUGGUCUUAGAUUUUUUAAAAGAGAUGCUCUGUCCUCCUCCCCAAAUUGUGUUAUUUCAUCAUAUAUAAAAACAGAAAUUAUUUCAUACCUUUCAGAAACUGUAAAAUCUAUUUCAAAGAGAUACUUGAAAAACAAAUUCCCCAUUCUGCAAAUAAAUGCUUCUGUUUAUUUAAAAAUAUAUUUGGGAUCUUAAUUUUUUAAAAAUAUGUGUAAAAGUACUUGUUAUGAGAUACUGAGUUUCUAAGAAAAAUGGGACACAGCUUCUUUCAAAACCCUUAUUUCAGGCCAUACUCCUUGGAACUUCUGAAACAUCACUCAAUUUUAAACUUUAUUUCAAAGCAUUUUUGUAUCGCUGUCUCUGUCAUGAAAAGUUCUGUAAUUCUAUGGUGUUUCUAGUUUUAUUUUAAAUUCUUUUCAUCUGUACCACAGUCAAAUUAGAUAUCAUUUCCCUUAUUUCUUGGGCUUUCUGUAGAUCAGUGGAUCUUAGGUUUAAAUUUC